UAAUUAACACUCGACCAGAACCAUCAAGAGAUGGUUUUUCGACCAAAAGACAGCCCCGUCGAGAUUAAUUCACCGUGCCGAUUUUUAUUUAAAUUCUGAUCGAUCAAUCUUCAAACUGAUCUUAAAGAAUUUUCUUGACCAAAAUUAUAUAUGCUCGUGAGGGUUAUUACAUCAUCUGUCGAUAACACAUCAUCGUUCGUCUGUGAGGACGAAGACAAUGUAGUGUCAGUAUUAUUUUGAUGGGAUGAUUCAGAUCAGAUAUGAUAGGAGAAUUGGGUAAUCCAACCCAAGCCGUAAAGCCUCAGCCUAUCUCACCGAAUAACAAUAAGCCCGUUUACCUUGUUAGGCUCAGAGAAAAUCUAACCCACGUGCUUCACACUCGUGUGUGUUGUCAACCCCAGUGCGCGACCCCUACAAUUCAAAAUUCCUAAUUAUUUUGUAGGAGGAUUAGGAUAUAUUUAAAAAGGUAUAGUAAUGCGUCGAGUAAGAACGAAUCAACGAAUGGUGAACGUACCAUGUCCUUUUCUUUGUACCAAUACAAUAAUGUACAAUGAAGAUCCAUUUUGUUAGGUGUAGUUUGCAAAACAAGUUAUGAUUUUCAAUAUCAUCUCGUUUUCAUGUUGAUACAUGAAUAUAGUUGUUUUCGUCUACUAAUAUAGUAUAAAUUAUCAACGAAUGCUUUACGGAAGAUAAAAGAAAAAAGUUGCAUGGUUUUACAAACACAGCAAAGAUUAAGCAAAAAAAAAAACAAAAAGCAAUGAUGUAUAUAUAAUACACACGCGUGCCACAAGAUUUACAUAUUUCAAAAACCAUUUCAGAAUAUUAACUGACAGAUGCUCUGCUCCGUAACACAAACACACACAACAUGACACUAUUCUUCCUCUACUCUCUCCUCUUCCUCCUCCUCCGUUUCUCCGCCGCAUACCCUCUCCCGGCGACGGACUACUUCAACUCCUUCUUACCAUCCGACGCCGUCGCUCUACUCUCCUUCAAAUCUACCGCCGAUCUCGACGACAAGCUUUUAUACUCCCUCACCGAGCCUUACGACUACUGUCAAUGGCGCGGCGUCGAGUGCUCUCAAGAUCGCGUCGUUAGACUCGUUCUAAACGGCGUCGGACUCCGUGGAAAGUUCUCACCGGAGACUCUCACUCGCCUUGACCAGCUCCGUGUUCUUAGCCUUGAAGAUAACUCGCUCUCUGGUUCGAUACCUGAUCUAUCACCACUCGUCAACCUCAGAACCCUAACCCUAAGCAGAAACGGUUUCUCCGGCGCUCUCCCUCCGUCGCUUCUCUCCCUCCGUCGUUUGAUCGUGCUCGAUCUCUCGUAUAACAACUUCUCCGGCGAGAUUCCGUCUGAUAUCAAUGCCCUGACGCGACUCAGUUCUUUGAAUCUUGAGUUUAACAGAUUCAACGGCGAACUCCCGCCGCUGAAUCAGUCCUACAUGACGUCGUUUAACGUCUCCGGAAAUAAACUCACCGGAAAGAUUCCGGUGACGGCGACUCUGUUACGUUUCAACGUAUCCUCGUUCUGGCCCAACGCUGGACUCUGCGGUGAGAUCAUCAACAGAUCCUGCGGCUCACGUUCUCCGCCUUUCUUCGACUCGUCCAAACCGAACGCCACGUCAUCAUCAUCUUCUGCGUCGCAACCGCCUCAAACCGCUCAGAACGGUGAAGCAACGGCGCUACCGACUAUUCCCGGUUCAUCAGUGAGUAAAAAGAGCAAAAGUGGAUGGCUAGUGCUCGGUUUCACCAUUGGCCUCGCGUCGCUCGUAGUCCUCGGUCUCUGCCUCGUCGUGUACUCGCUCCUUAUCAAGAACCGGAGAGAUGAUGAAGAAAACGAAGCGACGAUGUUUCAACCGAAUCUAAAAGGAGAUACUACGCAACCACCAACCGAAUCUCUCACCGCACGAGCCGUUCCUGCCUCAAGUAUCAAACCGCUGAAGCGUGAAGAGGAAGUCAAGAUUCAAAUCCAAGCUCCGCCGCAAAAGAGAGUCCCAAGAAGCGGAGAUCUGAUUUUCUGCGGCGACGUUGAUGAAGGAGGAGAAGGCAUGUACACGUUAGACCAGCUGAUGCGAGCUUCGGCGGAGCUUCUGGGAAGAGGAUCUGUAGGGACGACGUAUAAGGCGGUGAUGGUUAACCAGAUGAUCGUGACGGUGAAGAGAUUUGCACCGUCCAAAACAGCGGUUACUUCGGAUCUGGAGUUUGAGAAUCACAUGGAGAAAGUGGGUAAGCUAAGGCACCCGAACCUCGUGCCGACAAAAGCUUAUUUUCAGUCAAACGGAGAGAGACUUGUCAUCUACGAUUACCAACCUAACGGAAGUCUCUUCAAUCUUAUUCACGGUUCAAGAACAUCAAAGACAAAGCCAUUACAUUGGACAUCAUGUUUAAAGAUAGCAGAAGAUGUAGCUCAAGCACUACAUUACAUUCACCAAUCAUCUGCAAAAUUCCAUGGAAACCUCAAGUCUACAAACAUCCUCCUCGGUCACGACUUCGAAGCUUGUCUCACGGAUUACUGUCUAAGUGUCUUAAUAGACUCAUCUGUCCCUCCAAGUGACCCUGACAUCGCUUCCUACAAAGCACCUGAGAUCAGGAAAUCGGCAAACACUCCUACGUCCAAAUGCGAUGUUUACUCGUUCGGAGUCUUCCUCUUGGAGCUGUUGACGGGUAAACCGGCUUCAAGGCAACCGUUUAUGGCGGAGAAUGAUAUGUUGGAUUGGGUAAGGGCAAUGAGGCAAGAAGAUAAGAAGUCCAAGGAAGAGAAUGGGCUUGAGAUGAUGACUCAAACAGCUUGUCUUUGCCGUGUGACGUCGCCUGAUAAAAGGCCGACGAUGAGAGAACUGAUAAAGAUGAUUCAAGAUAUAAAGGAGAGCGUUGUGAUGACUGAAGAAAACGAUAAAUUCCAGUACUCGUAGUGUUUUUGAUCAUUAAUGGUGUACGUGUACGUGAAAAGUGUAUAUGCUCUUUGAUAUGAUUUGAAUACAUCGUCUACGGUGUAACGUGUACCAAUUAAGGACAUGUGUGAUUACUUCUGUAAGAAGAAUGUUCCGUCGUUGUAGACUGAAGUGGAAGGUGAAAUUUUGGUUUUAUUCAGCGCCAAAGUGAAUGACUUGUAUAGGUGGUUUGAUAUUUAUGUGCGUACGUAGAAAUCGCUCUACCACUGAGGUAAUUAAGACGGCUUUUAUAUUUUUGGAAACUCACGUUGAUAUUAGAUUUCAGUGUCUCAAAAUAAUUAUUUUUUUCUCCAAAAUUAUUAUUGUUUGGAGAUUCACCAUUAUUUUUACUGAAAAAUAUUCCCAUCAGGAUGUUAAUUAGCUUUAAAUUAUAUUUAAACUCGAAAAUACAUUCAAUACGACGUCUUUUCAUCUCUAUUCAGCAUAUUAGAGCAACACCAUCACCCAGAAAUCUCACAAGAAUUUCUUAGUAAUACAAUAUUAUUAUAUCUAAUAUAGUUUAACUGUAGAAUUAAAUUAUUAUUGUGUUUUAAGAGAUUGGUUAGUAAAAGAUUGCCAACUGUAACUAAAAUAUCUAAUAGAUUGCUGAUUAUAUAUACAACAUGAUUUAUUCAUUAGUAAUUACAAACAUAACAUUAAUAAAUUAAAAAUGUUACACAUAUAUGCCAUUAUUAAGAUUUUUAUUUAAUUUUCCUUUUCAUUAUAUUCUAAUUUUAAUUUCUAUUUUAUAUGUAUCACAAACCAUAUAGAUAAAAAAUAUCUAUUUUUUAAAUAUAGAGUAUGUAUCUUAUAUAUUAAAAUAGAAGUCACAACCUUGACUCAUGUGUGAUUUUUUUUAAAAAUGGAUCUAACAGACCUAUUCCUAGAAUGUCAUAUAACAUUUAAUCUCUAACUAAUUAUUCUUACCAUUAUUAAUAUGGCUAACUAAUCCACGCAAUACUAAAACCGUACCCUUUUAAUUACGGUUUACAUAACCACCAUAAUUUAUUUUUGAAUUAAAUUAUCUUUUAUAUUUUGGUUAAGCACGUGAUGUUUACAAUAUGGUUUGAUUAGAAUUAUUUUCAUAUUUUGGUUUUGGUGUGUCUAUACUGCCGGUUAACCAGUUAUACCAACAUUAAACAUAUCUUAAUCCUUACCCAUUCUAAUUCAAAUCACUUACAAGUUGUGUGAUCUAAUUCAAAAUUAAUAUUUUCUUCAUUAUAAAUCCAUAUCAAUCGUAAGUUUGAUUCAAAUUAUAUAUUUUUUCUUUUGGUUUUGAUGUGACUAUACUGUCGGUUAACCAGUUAAACCAACAUUGUACAUAUCUUAAUCCUUACCCAUACUAGAUUUAAAACCAUCUAUAAGUUUUGUGAUAAAAUUCGUUUUUUUUUUCUUCUAAAUAAACAUAUACCAAUCAGUAGUUUUGAAACAGCUACAAAAUUUGUGAUCAAAGUCAAAAAUAUUUUUUUCUCAAAAAGCAAGUAUAAUCAUAAAAUCAAAUUAGUUGUAAUAUCUUUUAACUUGAAAAGCAAGUAUAUAGGAGCAAAAUAUCUCAAUAGAUACGAUUUUUCUAGAUUUCUUGCUUGAGACUUGCAACUUAUAAUAUUCUAACGAUAUACAUCAAACAUAUGUGUUAGAUUUCACUAAUUGCUGUUGCCGUUAACUACUCAACAAAUCUACUAUAUUUUCCAUAACAACUAAUACAUAAUAUCGUACUAUUUAAUGUCUAUUAAUUAUAGAUUUCAAAGAAUAUACUCUCUACAAUACCCUAACUAUUUAACCAUCUAUAAAUAAAGACGCUAAGAAUCAUACUUCGAAAUAUUACAAUAUUUUUUGAGGUAACAAUAAAAAAAUAUUUACCAAUCUUUAUAUAUAGUUACAAGUUAAUAAUGAAAUAACAAUCCAAAAAACAUAAUAAAAAAACCUGACGUAUGUGACAGUUUGAAACAAUUUAUUCAAUAAAAAACAUAUAUGGUAAAAUUAUUAUAUUUUAAAAAGUGAUAAACACACUUUAUAUAUAUUAUAAUAUAUUUCAAUUUAGAAUUGUAAACAAAAUGUUUAUA